ACAUGAGCAGGAUUUAUGAGUAGAGUAUUUAUAAGCAAACAAUCCAGCUGUAUAUAUAUACACCCACACCAAAUGACACAAGUGGGCGGGGUUCGAAUAGCUAAUAGGAGAGCAGGGGGCGUGGCUUGCGCGUAGCACGCGAAAGUGCUGUUUGUCAGCCGGGGUGUGUGUGUGUGUGUGUGUGUGAGCAAGCUGAGCCAGUCUGAAGAUAUGGCAACUCCAAAGAAAGUGUGUAUCGUCGGCUCAGGGAACUGGGGUUCUGCCAUUGCUAAGCUCGUCGGGCUGAACGCAGGACAGAACUCGAAGUUCGACUCUCAAGUCAGGAUGUGGGUGUUUGAGGAGAUGGUGGACGGCCGGAAACUCACAGAGAUCAUUAACACAGUGCACGAGAACGUUAAAUACCUGCCAGGACACAAGCUGCCGGAGAACGUGGUAGCGGUGGCGGAUCUCGUCGAGGCUGUCAGCGGUGCGGAUAUUCUGCUCUUUGUGAUCCCUCAUCAGUUUAUCAGCCGAGUGUGUGACACAGUGCGAGGAAAGAUUAAACAAGACGCUCUGGGAUUGUCACUUAUCAAGGGGGUGGACGAGAGUCCUGAUGGCCUGAAGCUGAUCUCGGCGGUAAUUCGGGAGAAGCUAGGCAUUAGUGUGAGCGUAUUAAUGGGAGCAAACAUCGCUAACGAAGUGGCAGACGAGAAAUUCUGCGAGACCACCAUCGGCUCUAAAGACAAGGCCCACGGAGCUUUACUGAAGGAGCUGAUGCAGACUGAUCACUUCCGGGUCACGGUAGUGGAGGAAGCGGACGUGGUGGAGAUCUGUGGAGCUCUGAAGAACAUCGUGGCGGUGGGCGCAGGAUUCUGCGACGGCUUGGGUUUCGGUGACAACACGAAGGCGGCUGUGAUCAGACUCGGCCUGAUGGAGAUGAUCGCCUUCGCACGGCUUUUCUGCUCCGCCGGUCCUGUUUCCCCGGAAACCUUCUUGGAGAGCUGCGGCGUCGCUGAUCUCAUCACGACCUGCUACGGAGGACGCAACCGGCGCGUGGCCGAAGCCUUUGCCAAGACCGGGAGGUCACUGGAGGAGCUGGAGAAGGAGAUGUUGAACGGUCAGAAGCUGCAGGGUCCAGCCACAGCUGCUGAGGUCCAUGUUGUCCUCAAAAACAAAAACCUUCUGGACAAAUUCCCCUUGUUUAGUGCAGUGUAUGAGAUCUGCUACGAGGGUCGUCCUGUUACAGAGUUCAUCAGCUUAUUACAGAAUCAUCCGGCUCAUUUGUGAGAGACAUGGCUCUGUGUAUGCGCAGAUCUACGAGGUAUGACGCUCUUGUCUAGUCACCUGACGUGACUGUUACUGAUCAGCUGCACGAAUCUGUGGUCUGGACUAGGAAGAAAUCAGCUCCAGCCUCUGCUUCAGUAACGUGACAAGCUGCAUAGCCGUUAGCUGCUAUAACACGAGCGAUCGCAGGAACUCGUUCCGCAGACGUUCUACGACGUCAAACGGAACUGCAAAUGGAUCAAAAAGUACGACGUGUCAUUCUUUUAUUAAAAGGAAUUAAAUAAAAAGUCAAUUGACUGUGGUGUAUGUUUCGUACAAUGGAAAGAACGAGAACAUUUUAAGCUCUGGUUACAUUUGAAUGUUAAAAUCUUUUAAGACAGGGUUUUUUGGGUUGGGGUUUUUUUUUUCUUUCCUUCCACACUUGCGAUUGAUUUUGAGUUCAACUCAGGACUCCGGCAGGGCCAAGAUCAUUCAGUGUGUAUAUAUAUAUAUAUUAUUUUCUUCCCCGAAGCCAUUCCAGGGUGGUUCUGGCCCUGUGCUUUGGAUCAAUGUCCGGCUGAUGAAUGAAUUUCCCUUUGUGCUCGCGUGCUCAACCCCCCCCUCUCUACUUCAUUUACUUUCCCUCUGUCGUGUUAUUUCACACGAUAUCUUUCUUCCUUCCCCUUUUCACUUCAUCUUCUUCCUCUUUUGCUCGCUCUUCCUGUAUUUCUCACGUUCCCCCCCCCUUCUCGUCCUCUUUCUUUCUCUUCAGUAGGUCAACAUAGAAUAGGUACAAAAUCCACCAUCUCCAAAACCUACAAUAAACCAAUGUCAAAUCAUGUUAAAGUGAUCUAAAGGGAUCUAAAAUGUUAUGAAGAUGCAAAUCUACUAUUCCAUGACUAUAUGACCAGCUGCUCUGUCUGUCCAGGUAAGAAUGAUGGAGUAUGUUAUUAAUUAUGAUGUGCUGCCCCCUGCUGGUUGCAUUGA